UAUAUCCUUACCAGUGGCUACAAAUAAGCUUCCUCUGAUUCUCUCAUGUUGUCUGCCACCAACUGUCUCUCCUUCUCCUUCUCCCCUUGGGGAUCUCGUACGAUCAACUAUGCAUCUCCAGCUCUUUAAGCAACAAAUCUAAUAAAGGUUGGAAGCUCAUCUUUUGCACAAUUCUUUUGAGCAAGUGACUACCAGCAAUCAUGGAUCCACUGGCAAGAAACGCGCUGAUGGGAAAAAAACCUAAACAGCAGUUAACAAAGGAUGUCACAUUUACUUUGUUUCUCUCAGUCUUUACUGCUGUUCUUGGUUUUUUCCAAUAUGGUUUCUGUAUUGGAGUCAUCAAUGCUCCUCAACAGAUCAUAAUGAUGCACUAUGCAAAGGUCCUGGACAUUGAAACUGCAAAAAAUACCACUGGCAGUUUUUUAAUUGAAGAAGUAUUGAAAGAUCCAACGGUCAUGAUGCUUUGGUCCUUGUCUGUCUCUAUGUUUGCUGUUGGCGGGAUGAUUUCCUCCUUCACCGUUGGCUGGAUUGGGGAAAAGAUGCCCCGAGUAAGAGCCAUGCUACUGGUGAAUGUUUUUGCAGUCUCUGGGAAUAUAUUUUUUGUAGUGGCAAAAAGUGGCCCUUCUCACAUCCUGGUAAUUAUUGGAAGAGUCUUAACAGGUUUGCAUGGCGGUCUCUCAUCUGGACUUGCUCCAUUGUAUAUUGGAGAAAUAGCUCCAACCGCUCUCCGUGGAGCUCUGGGCACCCUGAAUCAGCUGGCUGUUGUUAUAGGUAUUCUUAUCAGCCAGGUUCUUGGACUGGAUAUCUUUUUCGGCACGUCAAAAACGUGGCCAUUACUUCUGUCCCUGUCAGGUGGUGCUGCUGUCUUACAGAUUUUUCUGCUCCUAAUUUGUCCAGAAAGUCCUAGAUACAUGUACAUAAAAUGUGGCAAUGUUGAAGGAGCCCAAAAAAAUUUACUAAAACUGAGAGGACAAAACUAUGAUCCCACCAAAGAACUUGAGGAAAUGGAGAAAGAGAAAGAAGAAUUGUCAAAAGAAAAACCUGUCUCCAUUUGGCAGCUGGCUACAACUGAAACCUACCGCCAGCCAUUCAUAGUGGCCAUAGGAGUUCAUAUUGCUCAACAGUUUUCUGGAAUUAAUGCUAUUUUCUACUACUCUACUGAUAUUUUUAAAAAAGCUCAUGUCAAGAAGCCUAUUUAUGCAACCAUAGGAGUCGGCUUUGUGAAUAUGGUGUUCACCGUUGUUGCUCUUUUCCUGGUGGAGAAAGCAGGGAGACGGAUUCUCUUCAUGGCUGGUCUGUUAGGCAUGAUGGUGUGUACCAUAACAAUGACUCUUGGGCUCGUACUUCAGCCCAAUAUUGCAUGGAUGAGCUACGUCAGCCUAGUUUCCGUCUUCCUCUUUGUGUCUUUUUUUGAAAUUGGACCAGGACCGAUUCCCUGGUUCAUUGUUGCAGAGUUAUUCAGCCAAGGUCCUCGCCCAGCAGCUGUCGCAAUCGCUGGAUUUUCCAACUGGGUCACCAAUUUCUGCAUUGGAAUGUUCUUCCCAUACCUGGCUAAACUAUUGGGCGCCUACGUCUUUCUGGUCUUUGCGGGCCUCCUCGUCCUUUUCGUCUUGUUUAUUUACUUGAAAGUGCCAGAAACCAAAGGCAAGUCCUUCGAAGAGAUUGCAGAAGAAUUCCGCCGUCGAAGCAAGAAAGUUGUCGGAGGACCUACUGAAAUGGAGUAUUUGGGAGCCAACCAAGAGGCUUAGAAGCAUCGUUGCAAGAAGAAGGCUUGGAGUCAACCCAGUAGAAACUCUGGAGAAACAGGUUUAAAAAAAAAACUAUAAAUGUGUGGAAGGUUAAAUCUGUUCUAUGACUACUAGUGGAUGAUUUUGCAGAGCAGUCUCUUUAAUUUCUCGGUUCCCUCAGGAACAUGUUGUGUUAUGGAGUCUCACGAACCUUAUGCAAAAGAGGCCAAGGAAGAAACUUAUGGGGAGGGCUAUUGGAUUAAUGGGGACCUAUAUUCCCAUUGAUCCAUUGUACAGGUAUUCCUUGACUUACAACCAGAAUUGAGCCCCAAAUUUCCACUGCUAAGCAAGACUUAGCCUUGCCAAAUCUCAGCCUAGAGCCCAUUUUAUGACCUUUCUUGCCACAGUGGUUCGUUCAGUUGAAUCGCUGCCAUCGUUAAGUUAGUAACAUGGUUGUAAAGCGAAUCUGGCUUCCCCGUUGACAUUGCUUGGCAGACGGCCGCAAAA